ACACACUAAAUUCAAAACAAAGACAAUACAAAAAGGUACCUUCUUAUUUCUCAACCACAGAUUUUGCAUUCACUUCUAACUCUCUUCACCAGACACAACACAAGGGAGGAGGAAAAAAUAAAAAAAAAUAAUAAUAUUAAAUACGAGAAAACCCAGAGAGAAAGAAAUGGUGGUGAAUGAACAAAUUUUCAGCAGUACAUCAAAUUUAAGGUUUCUACGAUUUCAAGUAGCAUGGCCAGAGAUGAUCUCCCCCUGCCACUGGGAAGAUGCCAAUAUCAUCAUGCAACUCGGGUUCUUGGUGAUUUUGUUGCUUUACUGCAUAAGAAAAAAUUUAGAUUUUUUCCGCAAAGGAAGAAAGAAUCCAAGAGAUGUAGAAAAAUACCCAACGGAUGGCAGAUAUGGCUUCUCCUACAAAGUCAGCAUCAUCUGUUCCAUCUUAAUGCUUAGUACUCAAGUUGUGACAUUGCUGACGUGGCAACAAAGCCAGUGUGGAUCAGAAGUCUCAGUUCUUUCAUCAAGGAUAAUGCAGGUGAUAUCAUGGGCAAUCACAUUGUUUGUACUGUAUAGAAUACGAAGCAGGAAGCGUCUCAAGUUCCCAUGGAUCUUGAGAUUCUGGUGGACAUCUAGCUUUCUUUUAUCUCUUGUUCGUGUGAUGAUUGAUGCUCAUUGCCUAGUAACAGACCAUAAUCAACUUGGGGUGCAAGAAUAUGGUGAUAUGAUCAAUCUUGCAGCUUCUGUAUGUCUGCUCAUUCUAUCCAUCCGAGGUAAGACGGGUGCAACCUUUAGCACAACAGAGGACGAUAUCACUGCCCCCCUUCUGAAUGGCAAAGCUGAUAAGACUUCAGAAGUGAAGAGAGACAAUCCUUACGGAAAGGCCACCUUCAUCCAGCUUGUCACAUUCUCAUGGCUUAAUCCAUUGUUUGAGUUUGGAUUCAAGAAGCCCCUUGAUCCAGAUGAAGUCCCAGAUGUUGAUAUUAAGGAUUCUGCAGCUUUUCUAUCCCAGGACUUCGAUCAGUGCCUCAAGCGUGUGAAGGAAAGAGAUGGGAGUGAUAUACCAUCUCUCUACAAGGCAAUGUACAUUUUUGCUAGGAAGAAAGCAGCCAUCAAUGCACUUUUUGCCAUUACUAAUGCAGGAGCAUCUUAUGUAGGACCUUACCUUAUCAAUUACUUUGUAGAAUUCCUGAAUGAGAAGAAAUUCAGGAGUCUUGGAAGUGGGUACCUUCUUGCAUUAGGCUUCCUCGGAGCAAAGCUGGUGGAGACGAUAGCACAGAGGCAGUGGAUUUUCGGAGCCCGACAGCUUGGCCUUCGCCUGAGAGCUGCUUUGAUCUCUCAGAUAUACAAAAAGGGCCUCAUCUUGUCAAGCCAGUCGCGUCAGAGCCGAAGCAGUGGGGAGAUCAUCAAUUACAUGAGCGUUGAUGUACAAAGGAUCACAGACUUCAUAUGGUACUUGAAUACAGUAUGGAUGCUUCCAGUACAAAUCUCCCUAGCAAUCUUCAUUCUCCAUAUCAAUCUUGGAAACGGAGCUCUAGUCGGGUUGGCUGCAACUCUGAUAGUGAUGGCUGGAAACAUCCCUUUGACAAGAAUCCAGAAAAGAUACCAAACGAAGAUCAUGGAUGCCAAAGACAACCGGAUGAAGUCCACAUCAGAAGUUCUUAGACACAUGAAGACUCUCAAACUGCAAGCAUGGGACAGUCAUUAUCUUCUGAAGCUUAUAGACUUGAGAAAGAUAGAGCAUAACUGGCUGUGGAAGUCACUUAGGCUUUCUGCAUUAACCGCCUUCAUCUUCUGGGGUUCGCCAACUUUCAUCUCGGUCAUCACUUUUGGUGGAUGUGUAUUGAUGGGAAUUCCACUCACUGCUGGAAGAGUCUUGUCGGCUUUGGCUACCUUCAGAAUGCUUCAAGAUCCUAUUUUCAAUCUGCCUGAUUUGCUCAAUGUGAUUGCACAGGGAAAAGUGUCUGUAGAUAGAAUUUCUUCCUACCUGCAGGAAGAUGAGAUCAAGCCAGGUGCUGUUGAAUUCAUUGCAAACAAUGAGACAGAGCUUCAUGUGGAGAUUGAUGGAGGAGUAUUCAGCUGGGACAUGGAACAAGGAGGGACUCCGAUUCUCAAUCAUAUACAGUUGAAGGUGAAAAAGGGAAUGAAGGUGGCCAUAUGUGGCACCGUUGGAUCAGGGAAAUCAAGUUUGCUUUCAUGCAUACUUGGUGAGAUGCACAAACUAUCAGGGACGGUGAAGGUCAGCGGUGAAAAGGCCUAUGUUCCUCAGUCUCCAUGGAUAUUAACGGGCGAUGUCAGAGAGAAUAUACUCUUUGGGAAGCCAUAUGAAAGUGAUAAGUACAACAGAACAAUUGAAGCUUGUGCUCUGAUAAAGGAUUUUGAGCUCUUUGCUGCUGGAGACUUGACAGAAAUAGGUGAGAGAGGCAUCAAUAUGAGCGGUGGCCAGAAGCAGAGAAUACAGAUUGCACGUGCCGUCUACCAGGAUGCUGAAAUCUAUCUUCUUGAUGAUCCUUUCAGCGCUGUGGAUGCUCACACCGGCUCACAACUCUUUAAGGAUUGCUUGAUGGGAAUUCUCAAGGACAAAACUAUACUUUAUGUUACUCACCAAGUAGAGUUCCUUCCUGCAGCCGACCUCAUUCUGGUGAUGCAAAAUGGGAAAAUAGCACAAUCUGGGACGUUUGAUGAACUAUUAAAGCAAAACAUCGGGUUUGAAGUUUUAGUUGGUGCGCACAGCGAUGCUCUAGAAUCAGUUAUGACCAUGGAAAGCUCGAGUAGGACCUCCGAGUUUGCAGCAGUGGAGAAUGAGUUAGAUGCAGAUGCCAUCAUGAAUCAAGAAUUUCCUCAUACUAAGCAAGAUUCAGAGCACAAUCUAGACAUCGAGAUAACAGAGAGAGAAGGAAGGCUGGUGCAGGAUGAAGAGAGAGAGAAAGGAAGCAUUGGGAGAGAAGUCUACAUGGCUUACUUGACAACUUUGAAAGGCGGCGCAUUAGUUCCAAUCAUCAUCCUUGCACAAUCAUCAUUCCAAGUGCUGCAGGUGCUUAGCAACUACUGGAUGGCUUGGGCUUGUCCAACAGGAGAUGAUGAGCUAGUCGACGGGAUGAACUUCAUACUGCUGGUGUACACACUUCUUGCUGUUGGAAGUGCAUUCUGUGUGCUACUUCGCGCUUCUUUAGUCGCCAUAGCAGGUCUGCACACAGCAGAAAAGCUCUUCAGCAACAUGCUUAACAGUGUUCUCCGCGCUCCAAUGGCGUUCUUCGACUCAACCCCUACAGGAAGAAUCCUAAAUCGAGUUUCCACAGAUCAAAGCGUGUUAGACUUGGAAAUGGCGAACAAAUUAGGUUGGUGCGCGUUCUCAAUAAUUCAGCUGCUCGGAACUAUAGCCGUCAUGUCACAAGUUGCAUGGGAAGUUUUUGUCAUCUUCAUUCCAGUAACGGCAAUCUGCAUCUGGUACCAGAGAUAUUACAUACCAACAGCAAGAGAGCUAGCGCGUCUAGCAGGAAUUGAAAGAACUCCGAUCCUUCAUCAUUUUGCAGAAUCACUCACUGGAGCAGCAACAAUCCGUGCUUUCGACCAGCAGGAGCGCUUCACUGAUGCUAACCUCUGCCUCAUCGACAACCAUUCAAGACCGUGGUUUCAUAAUGUAUCUGCCAUGGAAUGGCUUUCUUUCAGACUGAACCAGUUGGCCAAUUUCGUAUUCGCCUUCUCACUAGUUUUGCUGGUUACUCUCCCUGAAGGGGUCAUCAAUCCAAGCAUUGCAGGGCUCGCAGUCACCUAUGGUAUAAAUUUGAAUGUUCAACAAGCUUCAGUCAUAUGGAAUAUAUGCAAUGCAGAAAACAAAAUGAUAUCAGUUGAGCGGAUUCUUCAGUAUUCGAAUCUCACAAGUGAAGCCCCACUGGUUAUAGAAGACAGCAGGCCUCCAUCAAACUGGCCGGAUUUUGGAACUAUUUGCUUCACAAAUUUGCAGAUACGCUAUGCUGAGCAUCUCCCAUCUGUGUUGAAAAACAUCAGCUGCACUUUCCCUGGGAGGAAGAAAGUGGGAGUUGUGGGAAGGACGGGCAGUGGUAAAUCGACCCUCAUACAGGCCAUUUUCCGCGUUGUGGAAGCAAGAGAAGGCAGCAUUGUCAUUGAUGAUGUGGACAUAUCUAAGAUAGGCCUUCAUGAUCUUAGAUCAAGGCUCAGUAUCAUUCCACAGGAUCCAACCAUGUUCGAGGGAACUGUCCGAGGCAAUCUUGACCCGUUAGAGCAACACUCCGACAAUGAAAUCUGGGAGGCCUUGGAUAAAUGCCAACUCGGAGAUAUAGUGCGUCAAAAGCCAGACAAGCUGGAAACUGCAGUCGUUGAGAAUGGAGAGAACUGGAGCGUCGGGCAGAGGCAGCUGUUUUGUCUCGGAAGAGCUCUGCUAAAGAAAAGCAGCAUCCUCGUUCUGGAUGAGGCGACUGCAUCAGUCGACUCAGCGACUGACGGGGCAAUACAGAAGAUCAUUAGUCAAGAAUUUGAAGAUAGGACAGUAGUCACAAUAGCUCACAGAAUCCACACAGUUAUAGACAGUGAUCUCGUCUUGGUGCUGAGUGAUGGGAGAAUAGCAGAGUACGACUCGCCGGCUAAGCUACUGGAAAGAGAGAAUUCAUUCUUCUCCAAAUUGAUCAAGGAAUACUCCAUGAGAUCUCACGGUUUCAACGGCGUACCAAAGCUGCAGCAUUAACUAAUCAUUAUCCAGAGCAUGAAAUCAUUAGCUAAGACUUUCCACCAAGAUGUAGUAUGUUUGAUAAGAUGAAGUAAUAAAAUUUAUGAUUGAAUAUUCUGAUUCAUCAAUAAACAACAUUUGUGCAA